AUUUUCCCUAUUUUAUAUGCUUUGGGCUUUUGGUAAAUAAAAGUGCAGGCCCGUUACUGUUGGCAGCAAAAUCCCUUUUCGUUAAACCCUUCAUUUUGUGUCAUUACUACCAUAGAGCUAAAACCUUGGCUGCUAUUUCUGUUUUUGAUCUUCAGAUUCGUAGCUAUCCGACCGUCCGUCGUGGCUGGCGGUGCAAUCAUGUUGAAAAGACGUCGUGAUGAAGCUGAUGACGGUGGAGCAAAUGAAACUGAUGAUACGACGUCGUACAGGACAGUUUUCAUAGAUACCGACCUUGAUACUCACUUGGCUGUAUUGGUCUCCGACUCCGAUACUGUUUCCGACCUCAAAAUAAAGGCCAUAUUCAAACACUUAGAGUGCUUUCCUGAAAUGAGGGAGUUGAAGAUUUCUUCUGUGAAGGUGAAACGAAAAGGACAUUACUAUCAUUUGCCUGACACUAUGAUUGUUAGAUGUGUGUUUGAGGGUACCAAAAACAGCUGGUUCCUUUCUGUUGAUGCUUCUAGAUUUCACUGCGUUGGAAAUGACGAGGACCAAUCUGUGAGAGAAGAUACAAUCGGUAAGACGAGGAAGAAGAGAAGAAAGAAGAAAGGGAAGAACUCAUCUACGUGCCAUGAUGUGGUUGCCAACAUGGUUCUGGGUUCCACUGAUAAAUUCGAGGGAAGUAGGGGAUUAGAGCAAAAGGAAGGAGUUGAAAUGAAGAUCUUUGACAAGUUGGCUGAUGUUGACUCUACUGUUCAUGUUACUGAAUCUAAACUGAAAACAUCUCCUGUUAAAGAUCAAGCGUCAAACAAAGAGCGUCCAGCACCAGUCAGCAAGGAUAUUUUUGAAAUGAAUUUAGUCCGCCGACCUAUACUUGAAUCUAUUGUCUCUGGAGACAGUGAACUUGGAACUGAUGUUGCUAAUACAACUGGAGAACAGGAACUGAUACCAAACUGUGAUUUUGAAAUGCCCAUGAGUGAGAAGUUGCGCGAUGCAAGUACCAGGGUUCGAGUGUCUUCCUACCAGUUGGGAGAUCUACAAGGAGCAGCAGAAAAUAGCUUUGGGAGGAAGAGAAGCAGGGCGAAGAAGUCAACUUCUCAUGAAGAGUUAGAUAUGAAAAAUACUGUGGAGGCUUCUCAAAAUGCUUAUGCAUCUGAGCAAGAUAUCGUCCGUAAUGAUGGUUCAAGUGAUGCAAAUACAAAGGUUGGAAGUAUUAUGCCAAAAACUGAUGUGAAUCAUAUAAAUGAAAAAGAGAAAGAAGGCAAGUUGUCAGUUGCUCCAGGUGCUGAGACAUCCCUUCCUUCUGAGAACAAUGAAGCAACUGGGGCAACUAAAGAACAACUUCUCUCAGCAAAAAGGACAUUGGAUGAGAAGGGGAACAUUGAAUCUGGACAUGCUAGCAGCAUGAAGCGUAAGAAAAAGGGUCACAGGAGAUCUGCUGAAAAGUUUCCUGAUAAAUUAGAUGGAGAGGAUGACAGUUGGGUGAACUGCCGCUCUUUAGCUGCAGGGACUGGAUCUACAACUGAUCCUGUAACUGAGCAGAGUAAGAAAGGUGAAAUUUCGUUUGAUGCUGAGGUCAAAGGGCCGCCUCACAAUAAGGAUCUGGUGCAAGUUCAGUCUGCAGCAUGCAGAUCUUCAGGUUAUGCCAAAGCAGAAAUGACCAUUAAGGAAGUGGAAACUAUAUCGACAGCUCCCACUGAUGUGAAGGCUGCGGAAGGACAUGGAAACUCUGGUCGAAGUAAGAAGAAAAAAACAGAAGUGGAGGUUUCCAUUUAUAAUAAUGACGUUUCAUGUGCCCCUUCAGUGACACAUGAUCCUCCUGCUAAUCAUUUUGUUCAAGGGUCUAAUCAAGAUAAAAAUACACUGCCUGGCGGCCAAAAAAAAGGAGCAUCAAAACAAGUAUCAAAGAGUGCGUAUGCUGCAGGUUCUCAUCACCAAGUUGAGAAGGGAACCUGCAUUGGGGCAGAGCCUCUGCCCGUUGAGGAAAAGGAGGUUGAGCAUUUGCUGCUUAACCACACUGAUAAAAAUCAGGAGACUCUGAGCAUUGCAGAAAAGAGACUGAAAACAAAAACCAAAAAGGGCGAAAGUUCUAAGAAGAGUAAAUCCAUUUUGUCUAUCGAAGACCAGGAAGUCGGUCACAAAGACUUAGCUGCUUCAAUUAAUAAACUGGAAGAUAGCCAUUUCAUUCAAGGGUCUAAUCAAGAUAAAAAUGCACUGCUUGCCAGCAGAAAAAAGGGAGCAUCAGAACAACUGUCAAAGAGUGCCUAUGCUGCAGGUUCUCAUCACCAAGUUGAGAAGGAAACCUCCAUUGAAGCAGAGCUGCUGCCCAUUGAGGAAAAGGGAAAUGAGGUUGAGCAUUUGCUGCUUAACCAGACUGAUAAAAAUCAGGAGACUCCGAGCAUUGCAGAAAAGAGACCGAAAAUGAAAACCAAAAAGAGUCAAAGUUCUAAGAGGUGCAAAUCCAUUUUGUCUAUUCAAGACCAGGAAGUCGGUCACAAAGACUUAGCAGCUUCAAAGGCUAAGCUGGAAGAUGUGAACCCUCUACCACAGCCAAUGGAGAUGGAUGAGUCAGGCAAAAAUAGUCAUGUUGAUCAUUUGGCUGGUACCAAUUUGGAAAAUCAGAGAAAUUCUGGUACUCAUUCCAACUUUGGGAGUUCUAGGGAAGAUGUCAGAAAUGCUGACUCAGUUACUUCAACUAAGGAGGCGUUAGGAGAGAUGCACGUACCUGAUGUAAAUACUUAUAAGAGCGAGGGCAUAAAUUUCAAGAAAUAUUUUGUUCCUGGCCAACAAGGAGAAGUUGCAUCAAAGAAACCAACGAAAUCAAACAGACACACAAAAGCUGGCAGAAAAUCGAAGGAUGGUAUGACUUCUAGAGAAACUUUGGAAGAUAUCUCGAACUCAAGAAUUGAGGUGGCAAUUCCGAGCCGCUCAAGUGCUCAGGGAGAUAAAACACCCGAAGAAACUGGAAAGCUUGCAAUUUUUGAUGCUCCUGCUUACAAGAACAAAAGUGAAGAAUCUAUGGAUGAAUCUACAUCCAGCUCCAGCUCAAAAGGUUCUGACAAAUUCCCAGAGGACAAUAGACGACAAACAGGUUCAGAAAUUCAUAGUUUGGAUACCAGAAAUACAAAAAUGGGAACUGGAAACAUCGAGGAUUUUAUGCAACCAAAGAAAGGCUUGCUUCCUAAACCAUGGCCUAAAUUUGGGGAUAGUAGAUCGAGAAAAUCUGACAGUAAGGAGGGUGGAAAUUCUGAUUCUAUGACCGAGACUCAAUCAGAUUCAUCUUCUUCUGGCAACUCAGUCGAAGGGAGUGAAAUAAGUCAGUCUUCAACUCCAAAAGGAGCUAAUGUUGCAAAAAGCAACGAUGGAGCAAAGCAUAAGCUCAAAUCAAACAACUUUCUAGGUCUGGACAUAACGAUGGAUAUGAUUCUGAGAAGCUCUAGCCGUUUCAAGAAGGCUAAGGUCACGGCUGCUCAAAGUCAAGAUGAAGAAAGCCAGCCUGUUGAUGUUGUCCCUGACAGUCUGCUAGACACUCAGAAUCAGUAACUCUCCCCUCUUUGUUUUCUAGUGAAAUGACCCCAAUUUUUUGUACACAAUUACCUCUAUGCAGCACCCUCCACCAUUUCUUAAUCGUCAUUUUUCUUGCGGGUAUAUAUUUAUGUAUUAAAGGUUAGCUAGUAGCACAUUGUGCACAGAUUUAUAUUCCAUGCAUAGGACGUGAUUUUGGUGCUCUGAUAUUGAAAUUUGUCUGGUCUUGAUAUGUUGUGUCAUUGUAAUUCAUUCAAUAGUUGCAAUUAGGGGUAUUUGUUGGUCAGUAUGAUACGAUUUUUAAACAUUUUGAUUCUGUAUUUUUUGUUUGAAA